AUGGCUUCCCCAUCCGUGUGCAGAACAACCCCCAAGCUGGGCCAAAAAGCCACAACGCCCUCAAAAACUCGCAAUGGCUCCAGCUCCAGCGCCGCGCCCUCCUCCAAAGCCGAUGACAGCGUCGAGUCCGCCAAAAAGACCACCCCGCGCAAGCUCACCCCCAAGGCGCCGCAGCCUAUCCCCAACGAAGACAAAAUGGACGAUCAAUUUGCUGCAUCCCAGGUCUCUGGCUCGGCGGCGCCACUGGGAAGGGCGGCGUCCGGAGUCGCUGGGAAGGCGAAGGGUCUUGCCGGGACGGUCAAGAAUACUGCGCAGAAAGGCGCGGAGAGUGUGACACAGGCUAUGCCUUUGGAUCUGGCUGCGCUCAAGGGCCUUGAGGUUGCCGAUGGUGGACAGAUCCUUGGUCGGGACGGAAACCCGCUAGGGAAGGUCGUUGAGGGUGAACCCGAGGAUCUGGUGGGCCAGACUGUUGGAGAUAAUGGCGAGAUCCUCGAUGAAGAUGGUGAUUUGGUCGGACGCGUGGAUGUCUUGCAGGAUGCUGUCGAUCAAGCCAAGAAUGUUCCCGACGAAGCUCAGUCUAAGCUGGGUGACGUCCAAGACGUGGUCACUGACCUGGCUCAGCUGGAUGGCUUGCCUGUUUCUGAGGGCGGUGUCAUUAAGAGUGCCGCCGGCCAGGUGAUUGGCAAGAUCAUCGAGGGCGAACCGGAAGAUCUCGUUGGAUAUACCCUGAAUGAUGAGGGAGAAAUCGUUGAUGAGGAUGGCGACGCGAUCGGUCGUGUGGACCUGAUCCCGGUGAAAGACCAGCAAAAAACCAUCCAAGAGACCGCUAAUGACGCCACUGCAUACGCCAACGGAGUCCAGAACGAGAUCGACGAGUUCGAAGACGCGGACGAUGGACUGCCUGCCGACCAGGCCACGAACGCCGUUGACGGUGUCGCUGACCAGGCGAAAUCUACCGCCGAAGACGCCGCUGAGGACGCUCAAGACGCGGCCCCGGAUGCCGACGAGGCCAAGGAAGCCGCCGAAGAUACAGUCCAAGACGCCAAAGACACUGUUGAGGACGCCACCGAAGAGGCGAAGCAGCACAUCCCCAGCAUCGACACCCUCGAAGGCCUGACAUGCAACAAGCGCGGCUACAUCAUCGACGAAACCAGCGGAAAGCCUGUCGGCGAGCUCGUCGAGGGCGACCCCAAGAAACUGUCGAGACUCGGUGCGCAGCUCGACGACCAGGGCCAGUUCUGGGACAACCGCGGCAACGUCAUCGGCAAGGCCCAGGCGCUUCCGGUCGAGGAUGACCAUGACGAAGAAGGGCCAUUCUCCGGUCUGGAGGGCCUGGUCGUUGGCAAAGAUGGCUGGAUUGAGGACGAGAAUCAGACGCGCGUCGGACGACUGAUCGAGGGCGAUGCAAAGAAAUUGAUUGGCCGUGGUGUUGACGAGGACGGUGAGGUCUUGGAUCGAAACGGCAAUGUGAUCGCGCGCGCUGAGCGUUGGGAAGAACCCGAGGAGCCUACACCGGAUCUCUCAAUCCUGGACGGCUUGACCUGCAACAAGGCCGGGUAUAUUAUCGGGGCUGAGGGCUCCCCUAUUGGCCGUGUCAUCGAAGGCAACCUGAAGGAGCUUGCUGGCAAGAAGAUCCAGGACGGCGAAGUCUACGACGGCAAGAAGGUUGUCGGCCGCGUCGAGCUUAUCCCAGAGGAUGAACGCGAGACCAAGACCGAAGGUCCUUUCGCCGGCAUUGAAAGCCUUGUUGUCAACAAGGAAGGAUUUGUCGAGGACGAUGACGGCACCAUUGUCGGCCAACUUGUCGAAGGAGACGCGAAAAAGCUGCGUGGACGCGCUGUCGACGAGGAUGGCGAGAUCACCGACAAGUACGGCAACGUCAAGGGCCGUGCGGAGCCCUAUGAGCCGCCUGAAGAAGAGGCCCCGCCAGAGGAGGACCUGUCCCUCCUCGAAGGUGCGGUGGUGAACAAGACUGGAAACGUCGUGGACGCUGCUACCGGUGCCGUGCUUGGGCGCAUCGUCGAAGGCGACAAAAGACUAGCCGGUCGAAAGGUCGACGGCAAGGGCCAGAUCUGGGGAGACAAUGGCCAGGUGGUUGGACGCGCCAAGCUCAUCCCCGGCGCCGAGCAGGAGAAGGCCGAGGGCCCAUUCUACGGCUUCGACAACGCAGAGGUCGGCAAAGACGGCGUGGUCACGGACGCCGGGAGCAUCAUUGGACGACUGGUUGAAGGCGACGCCAAGCGCCUGCUGGGCCGGAAGGUCGACGAGGACGGCGAUGUUCUGGACAAGAACGGCAACACCGUUGGGAAGGUCGAGCGCUGGGAACCCGAAGAGAAAAAGCGGGAGGUCAACCCGAUGGCCGGCCGCAAGGUCACCAAGGAGGGCGAGGUGCGCGACGCGGAUGGUAACCUCAUCGGAAAGCUGACCUCGGGUAACUUGGCCACGCUGGUUGGGAAGAGCAUUGACGACAAUGGCUAUGUGGUCGACAAUGACGGCAACAAAAUUGGCGAGUGCACGCUGCUGGAGCAUAUCCCCGAUGAAGAGCCUGAAGGUCCUUCGCCCGAGGAGCAGGAAGCACAGGCUAAGGCCGAGCACGACCGCCAGCUGGCUGGGAGGAUGUGCAACAUCCUGAGCCAGACGUUGGAGCGAGUCAAGCCGGUGUGCAAUAUGAUCACUGAGCACCUCGAGAAAGCCGACCGCACGCCAAAGGAAGAGCUGGACGAAGAAAAGCUCGUUGAGAAGGUCAAGCCGCUGCUUGAAGAAGGUAACCGCAUCCUCCAGGAAUGCAAUGGCGCCAUCCGCGCCCUCGAUCCCGAUGGUCGCAUCGCCGCCACCGCCAAGGCGCGUGCCUCAUCGCGAGAUGCCAGUCCAGAGGAGUACCAGCUCGCAGACAUGCUCAAGGAACUGACCGAGACGGUGGUCAAGACGAUCGACAACGGACGCAAGCGCGUCGCUGAUAUGCCUCAUGCCAAGAAGAAGCUGAACCCGCUCUGGGGUCUGCUCUCCGAGCCACUCUUCCAGAUCAUUGCCGCGGUGGGCUUGUUGCUCAAUGGUGUGCUGGGCCUGGUGGGUCGGCUGCUCGAUGGCUUGGGCUUGGGAGGUUUGCUGAACGGUUUGCUUGGAGGAUUGGGAUUGAACAAGUUGAUUGACAAUCUGGGAUUGGGGAGUCUGACUGAUGCGCUGGGACUGGGAAGCAAAAACUAA